AUGAAUCCUUCCAGCCCUCCCAACUUCUCUUCACUCUCCAUCACUAUAAUCAUCCUAAUAAAUUCCAUCUCCUUGGUUGUUGGAGCGAAAGAAUCUCCCGAGGGCAGAAUCCCGCACUUGGAGCAAAACUGCCUCGCCAAGCACACCGACAACCCCAAGAACCAAACCACCCUGCUACGGCGGGGGUCGGCGGAGUGGUGGGACUGCACAGCGGAGGUGCUGGAGAUGGCGCGACGGCCGGAGAUGGUGCGGUGGAUAAAGGGCAUCAGACGGAGAAUUCACGAGAACCCCGAACUGGCUUUUGAGGAAAUCGAGACCAGUCGUCUCAUCCGCGAUGAAUUGGAUAAACUGGAGAUCCCUUACCGGUUCCCCAUGGCAAAGACCGGGGUCCGAGCUACAGUGGGAACUGGCGGUCCGCCGUUCGUCGCCAUCCGGGCUGAUAUGGACGCUCUCCCGAUUCAGGAAGCGGUUGAAUGGGAGCACAAGAGCAAAGUUGCGGGGAAAAUGCAUGCGUGUGGUCACGACGCCCACGUGGCCAUGCUUCUUGGUGCUGCCAAGAUUUUGAAGGCUCGCCACCAUCUUCUCAAGAGCGUUCGUCAGGAGCUGACGGGAGAGAAAGAGGUAGGAAGGACAGUGUUCUCCCUGAUCGCUGCUAAUAGAGAGAUCUCUUUCCCAUUGUUGCCGCUGCAGUUCCCGGAUGGGACAAGGAGCCCGUCGGAGGCAGUUGGGGAUGUGGGCUGCUGUCAGCCAUGCACCAUUGGGGGGACGGUGGUACUGGUGUUCCAGCCGGCAGAGGAAGCCGGAAAUGGAGCAAAAGGGAUGAUAGGAGAUGGGGCCCUGGAAGACGCGGAGGCUAUAUUUGCUGUCCACGUGUCCCACCAACAUCCAACUGGUGUCAUCGGGUCAAGGCCCGGCCCGUUGCUGGCCGGGUGCGGAUUCUUCAGAGCUGUAAUAAGUGGUAAACAAGGCCUUGCUGGAGAUCCGCACCGCACUAUUGACCCGGUUCUGGCUGCCUCUGCUGCUGUCAUCAGCUUGCAGGGUAUUGUGUCUCGCGAGGCCAACCCCUUGGACUCCCAGGUAAUAGUAGAACAAGCCAGGGUGUUCAGGUGCUCGGCGGCGGUCGAUUUCUUCGAGAAAGAAAGCACAAUUUACCCUCCCACCGUGAACGACGAGCAAAUGUACGAACACGUGAGGAAGGUGGCGGUUGACGUGGUCGGUGCCGAAAACUUCAGAGUGGUUCCACCCAUGAUGGGAGCCGAGGACUUCUCCUUCUACUCCGAGGUUGUGCCGGCGGCCUUCUUCUACAUAGGCAUCAGAAAUGAAACCUUGGGUUCAACGCAUUCCGGUCACUCCCCUCACUUCAUGAUCGACGAAGACGCUCUACCCAUUGGUGCUGCUAUGCAUGCGGCCAUUGCAGAAAGAUAUCUAUGUGAACACUGA